AUGUGUGACGAAGAUAUCGCAGCUCUGGUCGUGGACAAUGGAUCCGGAAUGUGCAAAGCUGGAUUCGCUGGCGACGACGCUCCGCGUGCUGUGUUCCCCUCGAUCGUGGGUCGUCCUCGACAUCAGGGCGUCAUGGUUGGAAUGGGACAGAAGGACUCCUACGUAGGAGACGAAGCCCAAUCCAAGAGAGGCAUUCUGACCAUCAAGUAUCCUAUUGAACACGGUAUAGUGACAAAUUGGGACGAUAUGGAGAAAAUAUGGCAUCACACAUUCUACAACGAGCUGCGUGUGGCUCCCGAGGAGCACCCCGUUCUGCUCACCGAGGCUCCCUUGAACCCGAAAGCAAAUCGGGAGAAGAUGACUCAAAUCAUGUUCGAGACUUUCAACGUGCCCGCGAUGUACGUCGCCAUCCAAGCCGUACUUUCCCUGUACGCUUCUGGUCGUACAACCGGUAUCGUUCUCGACUCAGGAGACGGUGUUUCCCAUACCGUGCCCAUCUACGAGGGUUACGCUCUUCCCCAUGCCAUUCUCCGUCUCGAUCUUGCCGGUCGAGACCUCACCGAUUACCUGAUGAAGAUCCUCACCGAGCGUGGUUACUCUUUCGUCACCACCGCUGAACGUGAAAUCGUCCGUGACAUCAAGGAGAAGUUGUGCUAUGUCGCCCUGGACUUCGAACAGGAAAUGGCCACCGCAGCUUCAUCUUCCUCCCUCGAGAAGUCGUAUGAACUCCCCGACGGACAGGUCAUCACGAUCGGUAACGAGCGUUUCCGUUGUCCUGAGGCUCUCUUCCAGCCUUCCUUCAUCGGAAUGGAAUCCUGCGGUAUCCACGAGACCUGCUUCAACUCGAUCAUGAAGUGCGAUAUCGAUAUCCGCAAGGACCUGUACGCCAACACUGUCUUGUCCGGUGGAACCACGAUGUACCCUGGAAUUGCUGAUCGUAUGCAAAAAGAAAUCACUUCCUCCCUCGAGAAGUCCUAUGAACUUCCCGACGGACAGGUCAUCACGAUCGGUAACGAGCGUUUCCGUUGUCCUGAGGCUCUCUUCCAGCCUUCCUUCAUCGGAAUGGAAUCCUGCGGUAUCCACGAGACCUGCUUCAACUCGAUCAUGAAGUGCGAUAUCGAUAUCCGUAAGGACCUGUACGCCAACACUGUCUUGUCCGGUGGAACCACGAUGUACCCUGGUAUCGCUGAUCGUAUGCAGAAGGAAAUCACCUCCCUCGCUCCCUCGACCAUGAAGAUCAAGAUCAUCGCCCCGCCCGAGAGGAAGUACUCCGUCUGGAUCGGUGGAUCUAUUCUCGCCUCCCUCUCUACCUUCCAACAGAUGUGGAUCUCCAAGGAGGAGUACGAUGAGUCUGGACCUGCCAUCGUGCACAGGAAAUGCUUCUAAGGACGCCGGUGAAUUGUUGGACUCUGUCAUCCGCAUCAGGAAACUUCGUCAUCCGCAUUCCGAAGGCUGCGAAGAGCUUCACGUCUCUCCGCCUUUUGCGGCUUCACGACCGUCACGGCUUACGUACACUUAUCUUGUAUAUUCGUGGGCAUUCCUCCGAUUCGAGCAGAUGCCGAAUCAACCAACAGGAUGCCGUUCCCCAUGAAGCGGUGAAUGUGUUAUGCAAGAUGUGAAAUAAAUUUUGGCACCGCCCAGUAGGUGCGAUUCGACUG